GUGCCCCUCGUACCUACUUUUCUCUUUUGCUCCGUGGCGUCUUGUAUUUGUGCAUCCAUGGGCUUGCAGCGCUAGCUAUUUGCUUUCGCCUUUCAUGUGAAAAACGGAGGGCACGGUCGGUGGAGUGGUUUAAUUGGGUAAACAUCUCUUUGACACUUGCUCCAGUUAAGUUGUUGACAUUGCCAGACGAAGUGAAACAUACACUUAAGUUGCCGUUAUUAAUGUGACACUCAAACAUUAUUGAUUCCCAUCGUGGAUAUCAUUGCCCAAAUAAUAAAUGUUUCCUUCACACUCAAUGCGUUUAAAAGACACAUACACGUAAUGUGAAUCGGCCGAUACAUCAGAGGGCGAAAGGGGGGAAUGCAUUCUCGCUGGCCGUAGCUCAGAGGCUAGCGCGAUGCCCAGGCGCGGCUUGGCCAUGCCCAGCCGGGCGCGUUGGCUCUUCCUGGGCCUGUUCCUGCUGCUGGUGCUGCUGCUGUUCGCCUACCUGCUGGAGUGCACCCCUCCCGCCGACCUCACCAUGGCCCUGCCCGGCCUGGUGGGUGACGGCUACGGCAAGGAGCACUACCAAGGCCUGCUGCAGGAGCAGGAGGAGCGCCACCUCAACCGCGCCGCCAGCCUCAAGCGGCAGAUCGCCCAGCUGAAGCAGGAGCUGCAGGAGAUGGGCGACCGGCUGAAGCUCCUGCAGGAGCGGAAGGAGCCGCCCGGCGUGCCGGGCCUGUCCGAGGCCAAGGACCAGGAGCCGGGCGACCUGCUGGAGUACCUGCACUCGCAGAUCGACAAGGCGGAGGUGAGCACGGGCGCGCGCUUCCCCAGCGAGUACGCGGUGGUGCCCUUCGAGAGCUUCACCUCGUCCAAGGUGUACCAGCUGGAGAUGGGGCUGACGCGGCACCCCGAGGAGAAGCCCGUCCGCAAGGACCGGCGGGACGAGCUGGUGGAGGCGGUGGAGGCGGCGCUGGACAUCAUCAACAACCCCGACGAGGAGGACGGCGCCGACGACGACGCGCCCAUGCAGAGGCAGACCUACUCGGACCUCCACUUCACCGAGGGGCUGUACCGGACGGAGCGGGACAAAGGCACGCUGUACGAGCUCUUCUUCGCCAAGGAGGACUCCAGCAGCUUCCGCCACGUCACGCUCUUCCGGCCCUUCGGGCCCCUGAUGAAGGUGCGCAGCACGGCGGUGGAGACGCAGGGCGUGGUCAUCAACGUCAUCGUGCCGCUGGCGGGCCGAGUGGAGACCUUCAUGCAGUUCCUGCUCAACUUCAGGGAAGUGUGCGUCCAGCAGGAUAGGAGAGUUCAUCUGACGGUGGUUUACUUUGGGCAAGAGGGCCUGCAGGAGGUGAAGUCGUCUUUGGUGAAGCUCUCCAGCGAGGAGAGCUUCUCCAACUACACCCUGCUCCCGGUGGACGAGGAGUUCUCCCGGGGCCGCGGUCUGGACAUCGGGGCCCACGCCUGGACCAGGGGCGACGUGCUCAUGUUCUUCUGCGACGUGGACAUCCACUUCACCCUGGACUUCCUCAACGCCUGCCGCCUGCACGCCUCUCCUAACAAGAGGGUGUUUUACCCUGUGGUUUUCAGUCUGUACAACCCCGCCAUUGUUUAUGGAAACUUGGAACAGCCUCCUCCAGUUGACCUGCAGCUGAAUCACAAGAAAGAGGCUGGCUUCUGGAGAGACUUUGGCUUUGGAAUGACAUGUCAAUACCGGUCAGACUUCCUGAACAUCGGGGGUUUCGACCUGGACGUGAAGGGCUGGGGCGUGGAGGACGUGCACCUGUACAGGAAGUACCUGAGGAGCGACCUGAUCGUGACACGCACCCCCGUGGCGGGCCUGUUCCACCUGUGGCACGAGAAGCGGUGUGUGGACGAGCUGACCCCGGAGCAGUACAGCAUGUGCAUCCAGUCCAAGGCCAUGAACGAGGCCUCCCACUCCCACCUGGGCAUGCUGGUGUUCCAGGAGGAGAUCAAGGCCCACCUCCGCAAGCAGGCCUUCAAGACCCGCAGCAAGCCCGAGGGCUGAGGGGGUGGGAGGAGGAAGGGGGCAGCUCUUUAUACUGACAGUUCUGGUGCCCCACAAGCAGCACACAGACCCGCUUACAUUUCAGUGGCUCGGCAGUAGACACAGAUGAAUGUACGACAUGGCCGACGCGUUGAGUGUUCCAUUUCUACGAUGCCGCUCAGGACAUUCCAAGGCGCAGCCCUCACAAAGGACGGCAGUCGGAACGAAACCUUAGGGGACGGAUUUAUUGUUUGUGUAAAAUUCGUGGCAAAAUGCCUGGAGUUCAUUUCGGACAUUGAAGAGACUUCUCACACGGUAUUCAGUGGAGUUUUAAGGGAGUCAUUUGUCUCACGUUCUCUUGCUACAUCAGUAUUCCACAAGUUACUGUGAUUUCAAGGAGCGUUGGCCAAACUAUUUCUAGCAAGAACACGACUCCAAUACCGAGGUAUCAAAAUGUUGCGUUCACCUUUGGGAAACUGGUACUAAUAUUUAUGGCUGGAGUUUAAUUUGCAUCGGACUUGCAACUUAAGUCAGACAAAACAUCUAAAGGAUCGUCUUUUGGUUUUAAGAGUUGGAAUAGCGCACAAUCUGGACCAACCGGCACGCAAAGUGUUAUUGUUCUGUUCCUGUCAUGAUGCCCGUGAACUGGGACCAAGUUAGUAUUUAUUAACGUCAUGCACCUUCAGCCAUGAACCAUUUCAUGAAGCUUGUAAAUGAACAUUACUAGUCAAAAUAAGGGACCUAUCAUGUUAUUGUAGCCUUGGUAGGAAAAAGGGACAAUCCUUCAGUCUUCCUUGCUCAGAGGGUAAGCCUUUGUAUUACGUUGAGUUCAUGGUCCAGAACCAGUGUAAGGAUCGUUCAGAUGUCUUGAUUGUCCAGUGGGAUUUCUCACAGCACUAUCAUUCCAAAUACUUGUUAGAGGCGGCACACGUUUUGUACUUUAUUUUCUUCCACGUGGUUUAAUUUUGUUUAACACUUGUGCCUUCUUAACGUGAUGCAGCAAUCACAUUAGUCAGGUCAUUGUUGUUGAAGUGGCACGUUCAUAGAUCUGUUGUACAUUUUAUUUCUUGUUCGAUGCGAUUGGCUAUCGCACUGGAAUCGGUAGGAUUGUAGGAGACCCUAUCUGGAAUGUAGGAUAGGAGAGAAUAGUUUUAGGGUACAGCUGUCCACACGACAGGCCGCGAGCAAAGUGCUUCUCUUCAUCUCAAAUGGAACGCAGGUUGACAUGCCAUCCCAUUCUGUAGUAGUUAGUUUUUAUUAAUCAGUUAUAGCAAACAUGUCUGCUUUUGUUAAGUCUGACCAGCCAUCUCUGCUUACUCUGUAUAUAGACUUCACUUCCUGUUCAUCUUUUUAAUGAGGAAACAGCUUGUUGAAUUCUGAAAUGAUUUAUUCGACAUGUUGGCCAUUGAAUAAAACAGGAAGCUCUUCACUGCUGCCUUGUCAAGUCA